UGCGAGAUACAUGAAGGCGAGAGUAAACAAGAAAACACUCACAACACACACAUAUUGAAGCUUUAACAAUUUUCACAGGAACUUCAAAAGAGCUUAAAAGAGAAUGGGAACAGCUACUUUCAUAGAUAUUCUUCUUGCUAUCCUCUUGCCUCCUCUUGGCGUCUUUCUCAGAUAUGGUUGCGGGGUUGAGUUUUGGAUAUGUUUGGUAUUGACGCUGCUUGGGUAUCUUCCUGGGAUCCUCUACGCUCUUUAUGUCCUCACCAAAUGAUCAUUUACCUCCAUCUAUCCUCUCUUCAUGUAUCCUCAUCUCCUUGAACAACAGGUUCGUCGUGUUUUCGUCUCUUAGUGUGACUGAUUCAUCGUUUCUUUCAUCAGAGUUUUAUCGUUGCUGUGUUUUGCAUUGUUAUUAUACAAUUUCUCUCAAUCCUUCUUUUGUGUGAAGUUCUUGUUUAUUCGAUUGUUUAAUUUGUGUUUACUAGGAAUUAUGUUGUCUUGGUGGGUCGCAUAAGACCACCAUGAAAUAUCUGAACCUCACGUUAUAAGACCAUCAUCACACUUGUGGCACCA